UUCUUAGUUGUGUUUCCGGGUUCCUACACAUGCACGUGCGGGGGUCGCAGUUUUUGAUAUCGUUCCGUCCUUUGCUGUAUAUUAACUCAAACAGGGUCAAGCUCACGGCUAUUAAGAAGUCUCUGCAGGCGACUGUUUGGUGGAAGAUAAGAGGUGUAAUCCACUUUCUUUCCCUCCGUCCUCCGCUUCAUCCUCAGCCUUUUAAACACUUGGCUCUGAUGGCUGAGUCAGAGCCCGUGUCAAACCCCACCCCGGUUGGAGAGAAGAGAAGCUGCCUGCAGGAAGGGGACGGAGAGACGCCAACGAAGAGGCCAAAAGUAGAGUGUGAUGGUGAAGAUGGGAAUGGUCCCAUUCCAGAAGAUGGAGGUGAGGAGGCGCCGGAAGGAGAGGCGAGUGAUGGAGAGGAAGAUGGAGAGAGCUUUGCUGACAUGAUGAAGCACGGCCUGACUGAGAAGGAUGUCGGCAUCCUGAAGUACAUCAGUGAUCAUGAGGGUUUCUCUGGAAUCCUGAAGGAAAGGUAUUCUGAUUUUGUUGUGCAUGAAAUCAACAAACAAGGAAAGCAAGUGCAUUUAGACGAUCUCUCCAUCCCAACAGACAAUAAGGAAGAAGCAGAAACUAAACAACCAGAUGUUUGUGAAGUUCUGACUGAGGAGCAGAAACAGCAGCUUGGUGAGCUGCAGCUUUUUAAGAAUAAAGAAGGCAAUGUCUCGAUCGAGAUCCUAGAUGACACAAAGGAGAAAAGAACACUUAUCCAUAAGGCCAUCAAAACUCAUUAUCCUGGUCUGGAAACAAAGACUGAAGAGAAGGAAGGUCGGAAGUUCAUAGUGGCUUACCAUGCUGCAGGGAAGAAGGCUUUAGCAGAGGUCAAAGCAACAACAGCUCCAAGGAAGCACUUUUGGCCUCAAAACCGAGGCGUCUUCUGCCAUUUUGUUCUUUACAAGGAGAACAAAGACACCAUGGAUGCAAUCAAUUUGCUCUCAAAGUUCCUCAGGCUUAGACCCAAUAUGUUCUCAUAUAUGGGUACCAAGGACAAGAGGGCCAUCACGGUACAGGAAAUCGCAGUGCUCAAGAUCACUGCAGAGAGAUUGGCUCACCUGAACAAGUGUCUCAUGAACCUGAAGCUUGGAAACUUCUGCUAUAAAAAUCAUCCUCUGAAGCUUGGGGAGCUGCAGGGAAACCACUUCACUGUGGUUAUCAGGAAUAUCUCUGGAACAGAUGAGCAGGUCCAUCAGGCCAUGACGUCCCUCAAGCAGACUGGCUUCAUCAACUACUAUGGAAUGCAGCGCUUUGGCACCACCGCCGUGGCCACGCAGCAAGUAGGCAGGGCUAUACUAAGAAACGACUGGAAUCAAGUGGUGGAUUUGAUUCUGAAGCCCCGGCCUGGAGCAGAAAAAGAAUAUCUGGUUCGCUGCAGGGAGGAGUGGGCAAAGACUCAGGACCCCGAGGCUGCACUGAGGAAGCUGCCAAACAAGCGAUGCGUUGAGGGACAGCUGCUUCGAGGCCUGUCAAUGUAUGGCAAGAAAAACAUUGUCACUGCUUUUGGACAGAUCCCCAGAAACAACCGGCUGAUGUACAUUCACAGCUACCAAAGCGUGGUGUGGAACACUAUGGUUAGCCGCAGGAUCGAAGCUUUCGGGCUCAAGGCGGUGGAGGGGGAUCUAGUUCUCAAAGGAACCAAAGCACACGUCCUUUCUGCAGAAGAAGCCGAGAGACACUCCAUCAAUGAUAUUGUGAUGCCACUUCCUGGUUAUGAUGUCAUCUACCCCUCCCACCAUAUUGGUGACGGAUACAGAGAGCUGCUCUCUGCAGACGGCCUGGAUAUCGACAACAUGAGGCACAAAGUGAAGGACUACUCUCUGGCAGGAGCCUACAGGCGCAUCAUCAUCACACCCACUGAUGUCAGCUGGGAGGUGAUUCACUAUGACGACCCCCGGAUCUCUUUAGUGCACAGUGACUUUGAGAAAUUGGAGAAUAAACCUGCUCCUGUCUUCAACAAAGAGGGGAAGUAUCGUGCUCUGAAGAUGGAGUUCUCCCUGCCUCCCUCGACCUACGCUACCAUGGCGAUCAGAGAGGUGCUCAAGCUGGACACCAGCAUCAAGAAACAGACACAACUCAACACAGUUUGGUUUAACUGAGACCAAAUGAGCUUCGGCUACAAUCGGACUGCUACAGGCACAGAUCUACAUUAUGAUUAGGUUUUUUAUAAUAUGUAGAGUAUGUGAGGUUAAGACCCAGUUCUCCAUACAAACUUUUUUUUUUUUUUACAAGGAUGUACAGCAGUAUUUCACUUUAUAUUUUCAGUGAUAAUUUAAGAAAAGGUUUUGCAUUCUGGGAGCCCAUAUACUUAAGCUGCUGGUUUGUACAUGUUUUUUUUUUUUUUAAGCCUUGGCUGGGGAAAAAAAAUGAACAUCUUAGAAGCCAUUAGGGUAACCAAUGUCUGAGUUUAAUUUGCUUUUAUUAAAAGGUUUUUGACAUUUUUUUUCAAGCAUAUCCCAUGUAUGUUUCAGAGUAGAUAAUGACUGCAGUACACACUGCGCCAAUUGUUAAGACUUCUCUUGGAUAAGUUUUAGAAUACAAAAUGUAUUUUAAAAAAUUAGUACAAAAAUACUUGGUGAAAGCGCUUCUCUAAGAACGUUGCAUCUAAUAGGUCUGCACAUGUGAUUGUGUCAUUCUAUUAAAAGUUACUCAUGAGGCUGGUUUCUAUACAUCGGCGACAUAA